AUGUCUUCUAAACUGUUCAUUGCCUUUGUAUUGCUCCCCGUUCUUCUAAUCUGCGUUUGCAUUGAAGCUCAAGCACCAACUUACCGGUAUCAUUUCUGUUCAAACACAACCAGUUUCACUCCCAACAGCUCCUACCAGUCUAAUCUCAAUCUCCUCCUUUCUUCUCUCACAUCCAACGCCACACGAGAUAUUGGAUUCUACUACACUAGAGCUGGCGUGCUAAACUCCACCACAGAAGUAGUUUACGGUUCUUUCCUAUGCCGUGGAGAUCUCACCCCUGAGUUGUGCCAAGAAUGUGUUGCUACUAUAGCCAAAGAUGGUGUCCAAACGUUCUGUCCCUUGGGAAAGAUUGCGAUAAUAUGGUACGACGAGUGCAUGCUGCGCUACACAAACCAGUCCUUCUUGAACAGAAUGGACGAAGCUCCUCGAGUUUCCAUGUGGAACAUUGGGAAUAUCUCUGACCCUACCCGCUUUACUCAGCUGCUGGCAGAAACAAUCAAUGGUUUGGUGGCUCCGGCUUCAAAUGCACCCUCGGGUGCUAAAAAGUAUGCGAAGAAAGAAGAAAAUUUCACAGAUUUUCAGCAGUUGUACAGCCUUGUGCAGUGCACACCAGACCUAUCAAGCACAAGUUGUGAUACAUGUCUUCGAGGAGCUAUUGCGCAACUUCCAGGUUGUUGUACCGGAAAGCAAGGUGGUAGAGUUUUAUAUCCUAGUUGUAAUGUUCGAUAUGAAAUUUAUCCAUUUUAUACAGUUCAAGCUGCCACACCUCCACCAGCGCCAUCGCCACCAUCACUGCUUCUACCUCCCCCUCCAGGUUCAGUAACGAGACCUGAUCAAGGUACCGCAAAUUUCACUUCCAACAGCACCUACGAGUCCAAUCUCAAUCUCCUCUUCUCCUAUCUCGCCUCCAACGCAACCAAUGACCUCGGAUUCUACAACACCACAGUCGGCAGUCAAGGCCCCGGCAUGGAUGUCUACGGAUCAUUGAGUUGCCGUGGAGAUGUGACCCCUGAAAAGUGCCAAGAAUGUGUGUCUACUAUAGCCAGAAAUGGAGUCCCAAAGGAUUGCGCCUCGAGAAAAAGUGUUGGGUUGGUCCCUCCUUAA